AACGUGGCUUUACAUAUAGUUAGGCUGUUUAGUCACGUGAUCAAAAGCCGUAGAAUUUUUUUUGCCGUAGCGAACUCGCAUACCGUAGACAGAUUUUCCCGAGAUUUUAUACGUAUGUGCCCAUCCAAAGCUAUUUUCCGACUAUGUUUUUCCUUAUUAGGCAUUUUUCGAUAGGCACCUCUUUGCACAGAAUAGGCCGAGGUUUGUUUUGAUUGAUGAUAGAAGUUUGUAGCUGUUAACGUUGAAGAGUUACAGGAUUUUGAAUUUUAAGAAUUUGACUUCAAGAUAUCUUGGCCAAACAUCUGAAUGCAGUGGUUGUACAGUUAAACGUGUUUAUAUACUUUGUAAAAAAAAUGGUAUUUCUGGCAUGACUAUAAAAUGCUUAUAUUAUGUCAAUGACUUUAUAUUAAAGUUUUUAUUUAGCUUAAUUUUAUGAUUUUGAUAUUUGUUUCUUUCUGGAUUUUUGCCCAUCUCUCCUCUACAGUAUUUAACAGCCUGGUCUGCAAAACAUCAAUAAUAUUAUAUAGUUUAAUUUACUGUUUUUAUCACAAUUCUGUUAAUUAACCUAUACAAACUUCGCAGAUGGCUUAUAUACCUGGUUUCCUUUUUAGUUCUUACCCCCGCCUUUUUUAAAUUUAACAGUCUGGUCUGUAAAUUACACAUAUUUAUCACAUGAUAUUUUUUGUAGUUUUAAUUACUGUUUUACCAUGGUUCUGUUUUUUUUUUAAUUUAAUGCAACUUCGCCAACAAUGGCUUAUUUAAAACUGGUUUCUUUUUAGUUUUACCCCUGUCUUUCUCUAUUUAACUGUCUGGUCUGUAAAAUACACACCUUAUCAUGUGAUAUUUUUUGUAGUUUUAAUUACUGUUUUAUCACAGCAAUUUAAUGCAACUUCGCCAAUGACUUAUUUAUAACUGGUUUCUUUUUAGUUUUACCCCCGUCUUUCUCUAUUUAACUGUCUGGUCUGUAAAAUACACAUAUUAUCACAUGAUAUUUUUUGUAAUUUGAAUUAUAUACUGUUUUAUCACAGUUCUUUUUUUUUAUUAAUUUAAUGCAGCUUCGCCAAUGGCUUAUUUAUUACUGGUUUCUUUUUAGUUUUACCCCCGUCUUUCCCUGUUAACAGCCUGACCUGUAAAAUACACAUCAUAUCACGUGAUAAUUUUAUAGGUUUUCUUCUUUUAAGUUCUAGUGACGUUUAUAGUUACUUAUUUCUAGUUACGUGAUAGGAUUUCUUUUUCAUUUUCAUGUUAGUUUUUGCCGUUAUUUUACCAAUGUUAUGUAUAUUUUACCAUAUAUGGAAAAAGUGAAAAUGGCGGCAUAAUGACGUCAGAUAUGAAAAAAAAAAUUGCAAAUGUCUUUCUUAGCAUAAAUUUUACCAACCCUAAAAUUUUCAUUCUAUAAUGUUUAGUUAUACCAAAGUUAUUGUACAUGUAGCAAAGGUCUCAAAAUGAGUUUAAAAACAGUCGUUUUGGUGCCAAAAAUGUUCUACUUGGAAUGCACUUAUUUUUUCUAAUUUUUGCUACCAAUUACGCAUACUAAAAUAGCCAUAACUUUUGAACUAUUUAUCGUAGAAGGAAGUUUGACCCCUCGUUGAAUUUCAAAUGGCCCAGCCAUUCUGAAAACAAGAACAUUAUAGACUCCUACCCAAAGCUUUAAAACUCCCGAAAGUGCCUAAUAUAGUGCCGCAAUUAGUGACGUCAUAAUAUGCAACUGUGGCUUGAAACUAUAAUACGGUAAAUGAAACUAGUGUAUAUCGAGGUAGCUGAAUCUCUGAGUCUAGCCAUUUGUUUAUUGUGAUUGAGUGAUGUUGUUCUUUAAAAUAUACAAUAACAAGGAAAAAAGGACAGUAAGAAGUUGUUAUUAUGGUUUUUGUUAAACCUGACUAAUAUUUGCACAAGAUAAAAGUUGUGUAGUACUUUGGUUUAGUCGGUAAAUAUAACUUCUUGUUCAGCCAAAGUCAAUAAAAGACAAUAGAAAUACUUUUGCGCUGACAAACACGCAAACUUAGACACACACACACACAUACAAAAUAUUUUUACAUGAAAAUUAGUGAAAGGUUUUUAGGUGACGACACUGGGACGCGAUAAAACAGAACGUGUUAUCCCCGUAAGCUUCGGACUGCACACAGCUAACAGAUUGCAUCAAAUGGGGAACCAAUAUUCCACUGAACUAAGGUCCAUAGGUACACGAAAGUUAUCGACGAAAAAACGGGAAAUCCAAGAAUCAAAAUAUGCAAGAAAUAAUGGUAACAAAAUCAUUGGUCCUGUGCCAAUAAAACGAAAUCUUCUGACAAAAUCAAGAAGUUGUGAGGAGCGAAAAAUUGAAAGCAUAAACAUACGAACUACACUUAGCCUCAACAAUAUAGAAUCUCAUCAAACGGCUACAGCGAAGGUUACAGAUAUGGACUCUCUGCAAAACAAAUCAAGCACAGCUCAACAUGAGACGAUAUCAAUAAACAGGAAUGAUGUCUCGCUUGAGAGCAAUGGAGAAAAGGACAUUAAAAGCGAAACCAAUGAGACUUCGACCUCAAAACCUGUUUUAGGAACUGUUGAAUGCUAUGAAAAAAAUAUAGAAGAGCACGAAAAAAAUGCAGGGUAUAAUGAAUCGGGUACUUGCCUAAAUGAAUCAAUGGAUAAUGUUCUCAAUGAGUAUGAAGAUAGCUCUGAGGUGUCAAAUGAAGAUGAUAACAAGGUCUAUUUAAGAGUCCCAAAUCUUACCCCAAGACGUAAUACAUGUUCAAGUGAAACCAAAAAAUCCAGCAUGAAGUCUUCGCAAAUAGGAUUGAAAGAGCAUGUACAAAAACAAAAAAAAGUUAGUUUAAACGACAACGUGUUUAUAUACGAGUCGGAUAGUGACUCGUGCGGCCCUUCGGAUGUACAUACACGUCCCGGACGUUCAAAAAGCGAAGCUUGUGUUGAAUCAAAAGAUGUAGCAAAUGCAAAACACACACGAAGGAGAACUAAAUCAGAUAUUGAUUCAAAGCAAUAUUUUGAUCAAAAGACCAUACCGUUACCAAGUCACCUAAUUAAACGAAUAAAUUACGCGAAACGACACAGGCGUUUAACGCAAUCUAAAUCGUUUACCGCGAAUGCUCUCACUAAACCAACAACCGAAGCCAAGAAAUUACAUCUUAGAAUGCCAUUACGAUGUAGGAUCAAUGUUAAAUUAAUACCUGAUUUUGAUCAAUACGAAACCGCAAGGAGUAUCGAAAUAAAACACGUUCUUUGCCUGCGAAUUACACCGUUAUCGUUUAAAGAAAUCGAAAAAGCUCACCAACUCUUCGAAGCGGAGAUAACCUUUACUGAAGGUACAAUGCGAGAUGUUGUGGACACCGUGACAGGAAAAACUCAAAAGAGACUAGUUAGAGCACACUCGUGGACUGGCUUUUCACAUACAGUAGAGCUAAGCAAAGAUAAAUUGACAAUUCAAGGGAACUUUCAAGCCACCAAUCGCGGCUUGAUACCGUUUUUAGAGUUUGAAUUGGAACUGCAACCCAAUUAUAAAUCUAUACCCUCUGCAGAUACGGGUGAAAAACUUUUAUCGGUGGGCAGGUUUGUUUUCCAAGACACAAGACAAAUUAUCAAAGAAAAAAUAUAUAAAUGGAAAGCAGCAGUCGAACGUUUUGACGGAUUUCCCUCUUCUGAUUCAGAAGAUGAACAGUAAGGUCAGAAUCACGUGUGAGAGUGUUUUGUAUUUUGAAAUUAUAUUCAAACAUUUUUUUUUUUGUAUAAAGACAGUGUACUUAUUAUGGGAAGAAAAAGAAAUUAAUUUCUUAA